AUGGUUGUCAUCGGCUUGAUGGGAAAUGGAUUCAUCACCAUUGCAAGUGGCCUCGAAUGGUCCAGAAACAAAACACUCUCUUCCUCCGAUAUGAUCCUGUUUGUGCUGAGUGUGUCCCGCCUUCUUUUCCUGGGGCUAACUUUGGGGACAUUCCCAUCCUUUAUUAUAUGCUUAGCUUCUUCUGUCUUCUUGAUUCACUCCCUUCUGCACCAUGUUAAGAGGAUGCAACAGAACAGAGAAGGUUUUAGAGAUCAGAGGAUGGAUGUUCAAUUGAGAGCAGUCAAGAUGGUGACAUCAUUCCUUCUCCUCUACACUGUAGCCUUUGCAGCUGAGAUUUCACUCAUGUUGUUCAUCAAUCCCUUGUCAAUGAGACUGUGGACAACUAUAUCACCUUCCUAUUCCAAGACUCCCAAAGGAACGAGCCAGUCUUAG